GCUGUCAGAAUCGCACCCUCUGAUUGGCUGCGACAUCACCCGACUGCUCUCUGAUUGGCGAGGCUGCCGGGAAGCGCAGGGCGAUUGGCUGCGCGUCGGUGUAGCGUGUGAUUUCGCAGCGUCACUGUCGUGCGGGGCCCUGUUUGAAUGAGAUUGGGAGAGAGCUGCUGCCAGGCGAGCUGUUUGUGCGACCCUAACACGCACCAUGCCCGUGUACUCAGUAAACGUAAAGUGGGGAAAGGAGAAGUUUGAUAAUGUGGAGCUGAACACCGAGGAGCCACCAGUGGUUUUCAAGGCCCAGCUUUUUGCCCUCAGUGGGGUGCAGCCAGACAGACAGAAAGUCAUGGUAAAAGGAGGGACGUUAAAGGAUGACGAUUGGGGUAAUCUCAAAAUAAAAAAUGGCAUGAGCUUGCUAAUGAUGGGAUCAGCGGAGGCUCUUCCUGAGGAACCUGCAGUGAGACCUGUUUUUGUGGAAGAUAUGACAGAGGAACAGUUGGCCUCAGCUAUGGAAUUGCCUUGUGGGUUAACAAACCUUGGGAACACCUGCUAUAUGAAUGCCACAGUUCAGUGUAUCCGCUCAGUGCCUGAGCUGAAAGAGUCUCUUAAGCGUUAUACUGGUGCCUUAAGAGCUUCUGGUGAAAUGGCCUCUGCACAGUAUAUUACUGCAGCCCUUCGAGAUCUAUUUGAGUCUAUGGAUAAGACCUCUUCCAGUAUCCCACCUAUCAUCCUUCUCCAGUUCUUGCACAUGGCCUUCCCUCAGUUUGCAGAAAAAGGUGAUCAAGGACAGUACUUGCAACAGGAUGCUAAUGAGUGCUGGGUACAAGUAAUGAGGGUGCUACAGCAGAAAUUAGAAGCCACGGAAGUAGACACUGAUAUGGAGGUUGACUCUGGAGCUGCUGCUGCACCAAAGAAGAAAAGCUUUAUUGACCAGUAUUUUAGCAUUGAAUUUGAGUCGUCCAUGAAAUGUACCGAAUCUGAAGAGGAAGAAGUAACAAAAAGCAAAGAAAACCAGCUCCAGCUCAGCUGCUUUAUUAACCAAGAAGUAAAAUAUCUCUUCACAGGCCUCAAACUACGCCUUCAAGAAGAAAUAACCAAACAUUCACCUUCAUUACAGAGAAAUGCUUUAUAUAUCAAAACUUCCAAGAUAAGUCGUUCACCUGCCUACCUGACAAUCCAGAUGGUCCGAUUCUUUUAUAAAGAGAAGGAGUCUGUGAAUGCCAAAGUUCUAAAGGAUGUGAAAUUUCCCCUUAUGUUGGAUAUAUAUGAGUUAUGCACCCCAGAGCUUCAGGAAAAGAUGGUCCCCUAUCGAUCAAAGUUUAAGGACCUAGAUGAUAAAGUAUCAGAUCAGGCACCAAAAGUAAUCCAAGUGGCAAAAAAAGAUGUUAAAUAUGAACCUUUUGCUUUUCCUGAUGAUGUGGGCUCUAAUAACUGUGGAUACUAUGAGCUGCAGGCAGUUCUCACUCACCAGGGAAGAUCCAGCUCUUCAGGACAUUAUGUUUCAUGGGUGAAAAGGAAAGAUGAUGAAUGGAUUAAAUUUGAUGAUGACAAAGUGAGCAUUGUCUCUCCUGAAGAUAUACUACGGUUGUCAGGAGGAGGAGACUGGCACAUAGCUUAUGUUCUUCUGUAUGGACCCCGACGAAUCGCAGCUACUGAAGAAGAGGCCGAACAAUGAUGACAUUUCCCUUUUUUUUUUUUUUAGUCCCUUUUUUUUUUUUUUUUUUCUUCCCCCUCUCUUUUGGGUGUGAAAUAAAUGUACCAUAUUUAGAAUCUCUCUACUCCAGAACUAUUUUGUGUUCUAGCGAAGGAGUUAAUUUGUAGUUCAAUUCACAUUGACAUGUAAGCUGUGAGAAUCCAUUCUUUCUGUUCACAGAUCUGUGCAAAGCAAAAUCAACUUUUCUUAUUAAUUCUUUAUUGAAUUUUAAUAUUGGAAAACAAUGCCCAAAUUUUUUUUUUUUUUUUACAAAGUUGUUUGAAUCAAGACAAAAAUAUUUAUUGCACACCUAUGUCAUUCAUUGUUACUGUUGCAUGUUAAUUUUUUUUUUUUUUUACCACAGUACUUGCCUUAUCUGACAUUUCUGCCAGGAAGGAGGAAUGCUACAUGUUGCCUCAUUGUAACAGUGCUGCUUUCCAUAAUUUAAGACUUGGCCACAUUCACGUGUCCAGCUUCAUCUAACUGGUCCAAGACUGUUGCUGGCAUCAUGGAGACUUCAGAAUAAAAUUGUCAUCCACCUC